AAUUACAGAAGAGCCUCCAGGUCUCUGAAGCAUCAGUUCCUCAGUUGUAAGUUAGAAAAGACUAAGCCAUUUGUUCCCUUUGGAAGCAAAGAACUUUCCUUCACUCAGGGGAAGACUCUCAUCGGAAGACUUCCUGUCUCUGCCUAUGUUCCAAGAGGACUCAGAGCCAAGACAGAAGAGCUCAGGAUAAAGAUGAAAGGCAGAGAAGCCAGUGGCUUACUGAUCUGCCUCAGCAUGGUCCUCCUGGCGGUCACCCCUGGAAGCAGGGCCUGCCCUCGCCGCUGUGCCUGUUAUGUGCCCACAGAGGUGCACUGCACAUUUCGGUACCUGACUUCCAUUCCAGAAAGCAUCCCAGCCAAUGUGGAGCGCAUAAAUUUAGGAUAUAACAGCCUCGCUAGACUGACGGAAAAUGACUUUUAUGGCCUGAACAAACUGGAGUUGCUCAUGCUGCACAGUAACGGUAUUCACACAGUCACUGGCAAGACCUUCGCAGGUUUGCAGUCCUUGCAGGUCUUAAAAAUGAGCUAUAACAAAAUCCAAGUAAUUCGGAAGGAUACUUUCUAUGGACUCAAGAGUUUGACCCGGUUGCACAUGGAUCACAACAGCAUUGAGUUUAUCAACCCUGCGGCUUUUUAUGGACUCACGUUGCUCCGCCUGGUACAUUUAGAAGGAAAUCGCCUCACAAAGCUCCACCCAGACACAUUUGUCUCAUUAAGCUAUCUCCAGAUAUUUAAAACCUCUUUCAUUAAGUACCUGUUCUUGUCUGAUAACUUCCUGACCUCCCUCCCACAAGAAAUGGUCUCCUACAUGCCAAACCUAGAAAGCCUCUAUUUGCAUGGAAACCCAUGGACCUGUGACUGCCGUUUAAAGUGGUUGUCUGACUGGAUACAGGAGAAGCCAGAUGUAAUAAAGUGCAAGAAGGACAGGAGCCCCUCCAGUCCUCAGCAAUGUCCUCUUUGCAUGAACCCCAGGGUCUCUAAAGGCAGACCGAUUGCUAUGGUACCAGAUGGAGCUUUCCUGUGUACAAAGCCUAUCAUUGACCCAUCACUGAAGUUAAAGAGCCUGGCUAUUCCAGAGGACAAUGGAUCUGCUUCCAUUUUACCCCAGGAUUUCAUAGAACCUUUUGGCUCCUUGUCUUUGAACAUGACAGACCUGUCUGGAAAUAAGGCCAAUGUGUACUGCGGUAUCCAAAAGCCAUCCAGGACAUUGCCAGCUGCAUUCACAGAAGAAAAUGACUACAUCAUGUUAAAUAUGUCGUUUUCAACAAAUCUGGUGUGCAGUGUCGAUUACGAUCACAUUCAGCCUGUAUGGCAGCUUCUAGCUUUGUACAGUGACUCGCCUCUGAUAUUAGAAAGGAAGCCCCAGCUAACUGAGACGCCGCGGCUGUCUUCCAAAUAUAAACAGGUGGCUCUUCUACCUGAAGACAUUUUCACCAAUGUAGAGGCUGAUUUCAGAGCAGAUCCUUUCUGGUUCCAGCAAGAAAAAAUUUCCUUGCAGCUGAACAGAACCGCCACCACACUUAGUACGCUACAGAUCCAGUUUUCCACUGAUGCUCAAAUCACUUUACCAAGGGCAGAGGUGAGACUGGUGAAACCCAAAUGGACCAUGAUUCUGAUGAUGAACAGUACCAAAUUGGAACACACUGUUUUGGCUGGGGGCACUAUUGCCCUGGACUGCCCAGGCCAAGGUGACCCUCCACCUCACUUGGAAUGGCUUCUGGCUGACGGGAGUAAAGUGAAGGCCCCUUAUGUUAGCGAGGAUGGGCGAAUCCUAAUAGACAAAAAAGGGAAGUUAGAACUGCAGAUGGCUGAUACCUUCGAUGCAGGGCUUUACCACUGUAUUAGCACCAAUUAUGCAGAUGCAGAUAUACUUACCUACAGGAUAACUGUGGUGGAGCCCUAUGCAGAAACCAUGCAUGAAAAUGGAGUUCAACAAACAGUGGUUACUGGUGAGACACUUGAUCUUCCAUGCCUUUCCACUGGUGUUCCAGAUGCUUCUGUGAGCUGGGUCCUUCCAGGAAACACCGUGUUUGCUCAGUCAUCGAGAGAGAGACAAAUUCUUAACAACGGGACCUUAAGAAUAUUACAGGUUACUCCAAAAGACCAAGGUCACUACCGCUGUGUAGCGGCCAAUCCGUCGGGGGCUGAUGUUUCCAUGUUUCAAGUCUCAGUCCAAAUGAAAGGCCACAGGACAGUUGAGCAUGAUCGAGAAACAGAUGGUUCUGGACUUGGAGACCCCAAUCCCAGUGUCCCCCUUAAGCAGCCACCAUCUUUGAAACUCUCUACAUCAGCUUUGGCAGGGGAAGAGGCUGGAAAACAAGUCUCUGGUGUACGUAAGAAAGACAAAUACAGAGAGCUAAGACACCGGCGGCGCGGGGAUUCCACACCCCGUCGUUUCAGGGAGCACAGGAGGCAGUUCCCUCUCUCGACUCGGAGAAUUGACCCACAACACUGGGCAGCACUAUUAGAGAAAGCAAAAAAGAAUUCUGUGACAAAGAAGCAAGAAAAUACCACAGUAAAGCCGGAGCCAUUGGCCGCUCCCUUUGUGGUGCUUCCUGGUGAGGAAGAAGAUGCUUCCGGCAUGAUUUCUCUAGAUGAAGAAGCCAUUGUUCUGAAAACUAAGGCUUCUGGCAUCUCAGAAACGCCAUCGGCUGCUGACUCUAGAGCAGUGAAUCAUAGCUUUGCGACAAGUAUAACUCAUGGCACAGAAGUCUCGACUGUGAAUACACAAACACUACAAUCCAAACACCGCUCUGAUUCCAAGUCAUUUAAUGUUAUUGAUGCCACAGCCAUGUCAAAGAGCAUAAAGCCAAUGGUGGCAAGCAAAAUAGAAGAUACAACCAACCAAAAUGCAAUCAUUCUCUUUCCGUCAGUACCACGAGUAUCGGAAAUUCAAGACUCUGCUCAGGCAGGGAGACAAGCAUCUUCCCUAAGUGCACACCCAGUAACAGGAGGGACCGUGGCCGCUUAUGGCCACACCAACAUGUUUAGUAGCUUUACCAACAAAGCUGAUACAGUCAUGCACUCAGUACGUCCAACAGAAAGUUAUGGGCAUCAGAUACCUGUAACAGGAGUCAACAUAGCCAGGCAUAAUGGCACCUUUUCUCACACUUCUAAAGAGCCUAACUUCCCCAAGAGCCUUUCAGAUUCACACACGGCUGCCCCUUCUCUAUUUCACGUUCCUAGAAACAGCACAGCUAACUUCUCCCUGCCAAGGCAGUUGGGAAGAGAGAGGACACCGUGGAGGAGAGGGCGAGUUAUAAGCCCACAUAGAACCCCAAUUCUCCGACGGCACAGAUACAGGAUUGUGAGGCCAGCACCCAAGGGACCUGAUAACAGAAACACUAGUCAGUUUUCAGCCACAGAGUCUCAGGGGAUGUGCCGAACCUGUUCUUCCACAGAGAGGCUCCCCUUGGUUACUACAGCACUGUCCAUCCCAGGCCCAUCUCUCAGCACCCUCUCCAGAGCUAACAACACUGGAGUCAUAGCAGAAGAGUCCACCACUAUGGUCAAGAAACCAGCAUUAUUAUUUAAGAACGAACAAAAUGUAGACGUUGAGACAAUAACAACCACUAUAGAAUACUUCCGAGCUGAAAGGACCCAAGUGACUCUCACUGAAGCAAGCACAACUUCUGCUCCAACAUCUGCAUCCCUGGGGAAAACUCCAAUAGACAACAGUGGUUACCUGAGCAUGUCUAGGACCAUCCAAGCCGAAAGAGAUUUGGUGGUGACAUCGCUACUUCCCAGUCCCCUCAGCAAACUCUCAAUGCCAACAAAAGCAACGCGCACAAAAUCCUCAAGAAGGAAAACUCCCUGGCACCGGAUCUUUACAAACAGGCACAACAAAAAAGGGAUGUCAAAGAAGGUGCAUCAAUUCAGUGUACAAAAGCACACAGCCACAAUGCCUCCCCAAAUAGCUCCUCUCUUACCCACAGAGGAUGGCUCUCCCUCACACUCUACAACACUCUCUCCAGGUUGGACGCCAUCACCAUCUGCAGCAAUGGCGGCCACUCACCACAAUGCCACUGAAGCACAAGCUGCCAGAAGUCUCUCAGCAGGGACAGAGCAGCCCUUCACCCACUCCUCCAUAGUGCUUUCUAGUAUCACGAGCAAGAGACUGCCUACAACGAGCUUCCUGUCCGUGGAGACAGCCACACGGACAACUCCUACUGCCCCCACAUCUGUCAUUAUCUCCAAAACCCAAAAGACAAGAUCCAAAGAGGCAAAAGGCCAAAUAAAGAGGCCUCAGAAGAACAGGAAGAACCCAAGCACCACCCCCAAGCAGAUUUCCAGCUUUAGCAUCUACCCAGCUCCAACAGCAGCUGAUUCGUCCUCGGCUUUCACUCAUGCCCCUCUUCGAGACACUGGUAGAAUUGUAAGCACAGUUGGUCUUCACUCAGAAACUAGUCUCCUGGGCAUAACGGAACCGUCUCAGGAACACACUCAGACUUUGGCAAAUACAACAGCUUCAGAAACAACACUGUUCAGCCAAUCGCAGGAGAGUACCACUAUGAAAAGUGCCUCAGCCAUACCUCCAUUCCUCAGCAGUGAGAUGCUCCCAGUGCCCAUUCCUUCCCCUCCUCCCUUUACUAAAGACGUGGUUACAGACAGUGAGGUCACAUCGGUCUUCAAGAUGAUGACAGAUAGAAUGGUCACUGUAUAUGAACCCCCAAGGCACAAUGCAGAUGGGCAGCAGUCCUCAGCAGAGGCUAGCCCAAAUCCUGAGACCAUAAGUGGAGCCACUAACGUUCCCUCCACUAAUCUGUUUCCUUCCACUCCUAUGCCAGCACUACGAAUGGACAAACCACAGAAUUCUAAAUGGAAGCCCUCUCCCAGGCCAGAAAACCAAUUUCAGCUCAAGUCACACUCAGAAACUACUGAAAAGGGCAAAAGGCCAGCGAUGAGCAUGCCGCCCCCUCUCGGCUUCCCAGAGGCCAGCACUGGCGCCUUACGUUGGAAUGGACAGAAGCAAGCAGAAGGGAGUGUCUUUGAUAAGAAGCCUGUUCACAAGCCAACUUCCAAAUUCCUUCCCUACGACCCGUUACCUAAGACUAUUUUGGAAAAACCAAGAAUAAUUGGAGGAAAGGCUGCAAGAUUUACUAUUCCGACUAACUCAGAUGCCUUUCUUCCCUGUGAGGCUGUUGGAAACCCCCUUCCCACCAUCCACUGGACCAGAGUCUCAUCAGGACUUGAAUUAUCCCAAGGGACACAGAAAAGCAGGUUCCAUGUGCUUCCCAAUGGCACCUUGUUUAUCCAGAGGGUCAGCGUUCAGGACCGUGGGUACUACCUGUGCUCUGCAUCUAACCCACUAGGCAUAGACCAUCUCCAUGUCACUUUGUCUGUGGUUUCUUACCCUGCCAGAAUCCUGGACAGGCAUGCCAAGGAGAUUACAGUUUAUUCUGGCAGUACAGUGGAAUUAAAGUGCAGAGCGGAAGGUAUGCCGAAGCCUACAAUUUCCUGGAUACUUGCAAACCAAACCGUGGUCUCAGAAACACCUGGAGGAAACAGAAAGGUCUGGGUAACACCUGAUGGGACGUUGAUCAUCUAUCAUCUGAGUGUUUAUGACCGUGGAUAUUACAAGUGUGUGGCCAGCAACUCAGCUGGCCAGGAUUCACUGUCGGUUAAGAUACAAGUCAUCACAGCUCCCCCUGUUAUUAUUGAACAAAAGAGGCAAGCUGUCAUUGGGGCUUUAGGUGAAAGUUUGAAACUGCCCUGCACUGCAAAAGGAACUCCCCAGCCCAGUGUUCACUGGGUACUCCAUGAUGGGACUCAACUAAAACCGCUGCAGUUGACUCAUUCCAAGUUUUUCUUGUAUCCGAAUGGGACUCUCUCUGUAAGAAACAUCGCUCCCUCUGACAGGGGCACUUAUGAAUGCAUUGCCACCAGCUCGUCAGGCUCAGAGAGAAGGGUAGUGAUUCUUACAGUGGAAGAGCAAGAGACAGUCCCCAGGAUAGAAAUUGCCUCUCAGAAAUGGACAGAGGUGAAUUUGGGUGAAAAGUUACUACUGAACUGCUCAGCUACUGGCGAUCCAAAACCUAGAAUAAUCUGGAGGUUACCAUCCAAGGUCGUCAUCGACCAGUGGCACAGAAUGGGCAGCCGAAUCCAGGUCUACUCAAACGGAUCCUUAGUUAUCGGAUCGGUGACGGAAAAGGAUGCUGGUGACUACUUGUGUGUGGCAAGAAACAAAAUGGGCGACGAUCUGAUCCUGAUGCAUGUCCGCCUAAGGCUGGCGCCUGCCAAAAUUGAACACAAGCAUCAUGUGAAGAAGCAAGUUCUCCACGGGAAAGACUUCCAAGUUGACUGCAAGGCUUCUGGCUCCCCUGUGCCCGAGGUAUCCUGGAGUCUGCCUGAUGGGACAAUGAUCAACAAUGCGGUGCAAGCUGAUGAUAGUGGCCACAGGACCAAGAGGUACACCCUUUUCCACAAUGGAACCUUGUAUUUCAACAAAGUUGGGAUUGCAGAGGAAGGAGAUUAUAUUUGCUAUGCCCAGAACACCUUAGGAAAGGAUGAAAUGAAAGUCCACCUAACAGUUGUAACGGCCAGCCCACGGAUAACGCAAAGCUACAAGCCCAACAUGAGGCUCAAGGCUGGAGACACUGCUGUCCUUGACUGUGAAGUCACUGGGGAACCCAAGCCAAAUAUAUUUUGGUUGCUGCCUUCCAACAGAGUUAUUUCGUUCUCCAAUGAUAGGUACACAUUUCAUGCCAAUGGAACUUUAUCCAUCAAUAAAGUGAAGCCGCUUGACUCUGGGGAGUAUCUGUGUGUAGCUCGGAACCCGAGUGGGGAUGACACUAAAAUGUACAAACUGGAUGUUGUCUCUAAACCCCCCUUAAUCAACGGUCUGUACACAAAUAAAACUGUUAUUAAAGCCACAGCUGUUUGGCACUCCAAAAAACAACUUCACUGCAGAGCAGAUGGGAUCCCACCUCCCCAAAUCAAGUGGAUUAUGCCAGACAAUAUUGUCCUCACAGCUCCAUACUAUGGAAGCAGAAUCACAGUGCAUAAAAAUGGAACCUUGGAAAUUAGGAACAUCAGGCUUUCUGAUUCAGCAGACUUCAUCUGUGUGGCUCGGAACGAAGGAGGGGAGAGCAUGCUGGUGGUGCAGUUAGACGUCCUGGAAAUGCUGAGAAGACCAACAUUCAGAAACCCAUUCAAUGAAAAAGUAGUCACUCAAGUUGGCAAGUCCAUAGCCCUAAACUGCUCUGUGGACGGGAACCCACCACCUGAUAUAAUCUGGAUUUUACCUGAUGGCACACGAAUUUCUAAUAGACCACAAAAUUCCCCAUAUCUGAUAGCAAGCAAUGGAUCUCUCAUCAUUUAUAAAGCAACUCGGGACAAGUCAGGAAAGUAUCGCUGCACAGCUAGAAAUAAAGUUGGCUAUAUCGAGAAACUUGUCGUAUUAGAAGUUGGGCAGAAACCAGUUAUUCUGACAUAUGCCCUAGGGAUGGUAAAAAGUGCCAGUGGGGAGUCUCUAGCGCUGCACUGUGUGUCUGACGGAAUCCCUAAGCCAACUGUUAAAUGGACUAUGCCAAGUGGCCAUGUAAUAGACAGACCCCAAGUGGAUGGAAAAUACAUAUUGCAUGAAAAUGGUACAUUGGUCAUCAAAGAAACAACAGUUUACGACAGAGGAAAUUAUAUCUGUAAGGCUCAAAACAGUGUUGGCCAGGCAGUGAUUUCUGUUCCAGUGAUGAUUGUGGCUUACCCUCCUCGAAUUAUAAACCGCCCACCCAGGCACAUGCUCAGGACGAGAGGAGAAGCAAUGCAGCUCCACUGUGUGGCCCUGGGAGUCCCCAAGCCAGGAAUCACCUGGGAGAGGCCGGGACAGUCCCUGCUCUCAAAGGCAACAGAAAGAAAAAGCCAUGGGAGUGAGAUGCUUCACCCACAAGGUGCCCUGGUCAUUCGGAAUCUCCAAACCUCAGAUUCUGGAGUCUAUAAGUGCACAGCCCAGAACCUACUUGGUACUGAUUAUGCAACAACUUACGUUCAAGUACUCUGACAGAAAGUAAAACCAACGGUGAACAAAGCCAACAUAUGAGGAGUUUAUUUUUUGGAAGAAGUUUAAUCAAAGGCAGCCAUAGGCAUGUAAAUGAAUCGGAAUACAUUUACAGUAUUAAAUUUACAAUGGACAUGCAGAAAGAGACUUGUAAAUAAGUGCGUUAUGAACCGAUACCGAGUUUCUAUGGAUUUCAAAACAAACUCUUAACUUAAGGCACUUUGAUUUUGCCAACAAAUAACAAACAUUAAGAGAAACAAUCCAACUACAAAGUAACAAAAUGGCUAAUGCACCUGAAUUUUCAGUAGAGACCAUUCAAAUCUCACUACCGGUUGCCAGCUGCCUAGUGACCAUCUUCUACCAAUGGUACAAACAUUGCACUCAGAAUGGAGACAAUGGAAAGGUUAAAUUUGCAGACAAUGUAAAUCUUAAUAUACAAAUAUUUUGUCACUGGUUUAUAAACAUUUUGAUAAAACCUAUAGAAAACAAGCGCUGACGUAUUUGAUUUAUGAUUAUUAGUUUGCCAUUCGUUCACACUGAAAAUUCGCAUAGUUUUAAUUCCUGCAUUAAAAUAAAACGAAAUAAAUGCAGGGUAGCUUUCCUGCAUGUAAAGAGCAGGCUCAUGCUCAGCCAUCAGGAAGUGUGGAAAGGAUCUAUCACAUCUGUUCACACCUUUGUCCUCCUGAAAGUGCUUUAGAGGUACAAUGAAACUUCUUUAUAACUUUAAAACCUAGUUCAGGUACCCACGGUUUGGAGCCAUUUCUAAGAAUUUCUAAGGAGGAAAUUACUCCAAGAGUCUAGACCUCUUAUGUAUAAUGAAGUUUCACUGCAUUUAAAAUUUGAAUG